AUGGUCGUUUGUCAUAACCGAACGCCCAAACGUAUAAUAUCGAGCAAAUUAUCCCAAGAGUUGGUCGAUAAAAGUGAAAUUAAAGCUAGGAGAAUUCGUAAAUCAAAGAGAUUGUCGGCAUUGAGAAAACAAGAAAAAAUUACCAAGCAAAUCGCAUCACAUUGUCGUCGCAUCAAAUCGAACAUUCGAGACAAAAUCCAAAGCAAAAUGGAGUUCGUCAAAAAAGUGGACGAUCUAAGCUUCGAUGGGAAUUUGGCGCAAAAUUGGCGCUCAUUUAAGAGGCAAUACGACGUUUUCGAAAAGGCGAUUGAAGCGGACAAAAAGAAAGAUGAGCCCAGAAUUGCCGUUUUUCUGAAUGCAGCUGGACAAGAGGCAGUAGAGAUUUUCGAUACAUUGGAAUUGACAGAGGAACACCGAAAAUCGUUCAAGCAUGUGGUCGAGGCUUACGAAAAUCUUUGUAUUCCGAAGAAAAACGAAGUGUAUGAAAGAUUCAUCUUCUACUCACGGAAUCAAAAGGAGGGAGAGAAAUUUGAUAGUUUUUUAGUAAACCUCAAGAAGCUGGCAAAAACAUGCGAAUUUGGGGAAACGAAAAACGACAUGAUUAGAGACCGAAUUGUAAUGGGCAUCACAGACAAGGGCCUACAGGAGAAAAUGUUGAAGAAGAAAGUCACAUUGGACGAGGCCAUCGAUCAAUGUCGCGCAACUGAACUGGCAAGGGGUCAAUCCAAGGACAUGCAACGCGACAAAGAAUCGGAAUUUUCCAUACACGAGGUGCAGAAACAAUUCAAGAAAAAAUUGUCGUUGGAGAGCGAUUCGAAUAUGACAAAGUCGUCGAUCAAAGGCACAUUCAAAUGUAAUCGAUGCAAUACAAAUCACAGCAGUGGAAAGUGUCCAGCGUAUGGGAAGUCAUGCAACAACUGUAAGAAGCCGAAUCACUUUGCAGUUUCCUGUAGAAUGAAAAGGAUCAAAUCAAUUGUUACUAAUAAGAAAGAUGAUGAUGAUGGUGAAGUUCACUCAUUUAAAAUUGUAAAAGUUAAUCGUUUGAACGAAUUUCCAUUUGCAUUUAGGAAGCGAUCAGGAUGGACUGAGCUUGUUCGAUUGAGUGACAGGGUCGUUCUGAUUAAGUUUGACACCGGAUCAGAGGUAAAUAUUGUUCCGUUGCGUUUAUUGAAGAAGAUCGACAGGAAUGCUGUCAUUCAUCGCACCAAUGUUGUACUCCAGGCGUAUAAUCAUGGAAAAAUAAUACCUGCGGGUGAGUGUUAUGUGGUGUGUACGUACGGAAAUAAAACGACGUUUGAAAGGUUUAUUGUGAUUAAUGAGGAUUUUUCUCCGAUUUUGGGAUUGCCAACGAUUGAGAAGUGGGGAUUGAUUAAGAGGUCGGGUAAUGCCUCGGUUAGUGAGAUCAAGGGUGUAGGUAACGAUGAGAGUGAGGUGUUGAGGCAGAAGGUGAUAAAGAAAAAUCAUGAUGUCUUCAAUGGUAUCGGUAAGUCAUCGAAGAUGUACCGCAUUUGUUUGAAGCCUGGUGCGACGCCAGUUGCUAGACCAGCGAGGCGUGUCCCGUCGAUUCUGUAUUCGAAGUUGAAGAGGAAGCUUGAGCAGAUGGUUCAGCAAGAUAUCAUUUCUAAGGUUGAUGAGCCGAGGGAAUGGGUGCAUAACUUAGUGAGUACUCAGAAGCCUAGUGGGGGUUUGAGGGUCUGUCUCGAUCCGAAAGAACUGAAUAGGUACGUGGUGAAGGAACAGUUUUUGGUUCCAACUCUCGAGGAGGUAUCAGAGAAGUUGGUAGGAUCAGAGGUUUAUUCAGUUUUGGACCUUAGGGAAGGUUUCUGGCAGUUGCAGAUCGAUGAAGAGUCGCAGAAACUCUGUACGUUUAGCACACCAUUUGGGAACUAUCAGUUUAAGAGAUUGCCGUACGGUAUAUGUAUUGCCACGGAGUUGUUUCAGAAGUUUGUCUAUGAGAAUUUUGGGGAUAUUCCGGGUGUCAUAGCUGUGGUCGAUGAUAUGCUCAUACAUGCUAGGUCGAUUGAGGAGCACGAUAAGAUUCUGUUAGCCGUCAUAGAAAGGGCGAGGAAGUUGAAUGUGAAGUUUAAUCCUGAAAAAUUUCAGUUUCGGGUGAGGAAGGUCAAGUAUUUGGGCCAUGUUUUUUCAAAAGAUGGCAUGCAGAUCGAUGACGAUAGGAUUAAAGCGAUUCGUUUGCUCAAAGACCCUCAUGACAGGAAGUCACUGCAGAGCUUCUUAGGAACUGUGAAUUAUCUUCGACAAUUCAUUCCUAAGUUGUCGCAGCUGAUUGAGCCGUUGCGUGGAUUGUUGAGGAAAGGAACAAUAUUCAAGUGGUCGAAAGUUCAUUCAUCCGCUGUGGAAAGUAUUAAGGAAAGAAUUGCCAAUUCGCUGGUUCUUCAGCCGUUUGAUCCGAAUAAGAAAAUUGUGAUUCAAACAGACGCAUCCCAACAUGGUCUGGGAUCAUGCUUAAUGCAAAACGGUAUGCCAGUGGCAUAUGCAUCGCGCAGUUUGUCCGAUACCGAGGGGAGGUAUGCUCAGAUAGAAAAAGAGUUCUUGGCGAUAACGUUUGCAUGUAAGAAGUUUCAUUAUUUUAUAUACGGUCGACCUGUGGAGGUGAAGAGUGACCAUAAGCCUCUGAUUUCUAUAAUGCAGAAGGACAUCCAUAAGAUUCCAUCUGCUAAGAUGCAGCGGAUGCGUUUGAAGUUGUUAAGUUACGAUUUGAAGGUGGAAUAUGUUCCAGGCAGGUACAUGUAUAUAGCUGACUAUUUGAGUAGGAACCAUUUGGAAACUGGGAAUGCAGAAGAGGAUCACGAAUUCACGACGGCUGUUCUGUCGUUGAGUAUGGGCGAUAAGAGGGAGACACAGUUUAGAUUAGCCACAGAAAACGAUGAAGUGUUGAAGAGAGUUUCCGGUUAUUGCUUAAAGGGCUGGCCCAGUGACAGGACCAAGGUUCCUGAAUGCGCUCGGGAUUAUUACAGGAUUAGAAAUGAUAUCUGCCUGCAGGAUGGCAUUUUGUUCUUCGAAGACAGAAUCGUCGUACCGACGUCGCUGAGGCUGUAUGUUCUGAAAUUGCUGCAUGAAUCUCAUAUGGGGAUUUCUAAGUCGCAGAAGCGGGCUAGAGAACUGUUUUAUUGGCCUUCAAUGAAUGUUGAUAUUGAGGGUGAAGUUCACAUAGGCGAUGAACAAUCCGAAGCCGAUGACGAGAAGGAUCUUUUGAAGUCGAAUACCGUUCAAUUCAACUUACGAAAAUCUGAAAAUAUUGAAGCAGAUAUGGAGCAACUUCAAGAUCUGGCAGAUCAUUUCGGAACCGAAAAAUUCAAUGAUAAACUGAAUGGUCAGGACCUUGAAAAUUUUGUCAUUACUCAACCAAUAAGCAAAAAGGAGAAGAAGUGGGGUAAGCGAUACGAUGAGCUGAAAAAAGACUUUGGUGCUUUGAACGAAAGAUUUGAGCAGAUGGUCAAAGAAUGGAGAGCCGUUAAGAGUAUUCUCAAUCGUUGUGGUCCUCAGCCCGAUUCUGGUGAUGAAAUGGAGGAUGAAAAUUACGACGAGUUACCACGUUUCCCUCUCAAGAAAGUUAAGCAUGUGACACUCAUGCAGUGUGCAGUGACAUCGCGCCAUAAGACCUGCAAGGUUGAAGAUAUCGAACGGGAGUGUCAAUUACGAUUCAAACAGGCUGAUAAGGAUUUCGAGCGGGAGCAGUUGAAACAAUCAGUGCAGCGAAAAUAA